ACGGUAUCUGUUCGUUUUACGCGUAAUAUUACAGUUCCAAUUCUUAAUUGGCUGAACAUUAACUAUCGUUUAUUCCCUAAUUGUAGAUCCAUAAAUUUUGUUUUUAAAAAACUUUGUUUAAUUCAAGUGUCAGUGAUAGUGUUUCCUAAUUUGUUACAUUACAUUUAUAUUAAUAAUUUUCGUGAGAAACAGAACAAUGACAAGUGGCGACGAAUCUAUUAGUGAAAUACAACAAUUUUUUAAAGGAACUAACGUUUUCAUAACUGGCGCCACCGGAUUCAUUGGACACGUUUUAGUUGAAAAAAUUCUUAGAUCAUGUUUUGUAAACAAGGUGUACCUUUUAGUCAGGUCGAAGAAAAACAAAGACCCGCAGACUAGAUUACGUGAAAUGUUUAGUUCCCCGCUGUUUACGCGACUAUGGGAAGAGCAACCGGACUUCAUCGAAAAGGUAUUGCUUAUCACUGGCGAUUGCGUGGAACCGAAUCUAGGUUUAUCGGCUGCUGACGAAGAAUUCAUGGUCGCCAACAUGGAUAUUGUUAUUCACUGCGCCGCCACGAUCAAUCUGAAUGGACCACUUAAGCACACAAGUUUCAUCAAUGUCAGGUCUACCAAAGAUUUACUAUUGAUUGCUCGGCGUAUGCACAGACUUAAAUCAUUUGUGUAUGUGUCCACUGCGUUUUCGAACCCAAAUCAACCGAUUAUCGAAGAAAUAAUUUACGAUUGUCACAUACAAGGGGACGCUUUGAUCAACAUGGUCGAAAACAUGUCGGAUUCAGUUUUGAACUCGAUAACGCCCGAACUUUUAGGGACGUGGCCAAACACGUAUACGUUAUCGAAAUGCGUCGCAGAGAAUAUCGUAAAACAAUAUGGUCAAAAUAUGCCGAUAUGUAUCACUAGACCGUGCAUUGUCACGUUUACAGACAAAGAGCCGAUAACUGGAUGGGCAAAUACAAUGAAAAGUGUACCUGGUUUAUGUAUAGGGUUGGGAUUAGGAGCUAUACACGUGGUAUAUCUAGAUCCGAAAAUUCGAGUAGUAUUAAUACCAGCUGAUAAUGUGUCAAAUAUGAUUAUUACUGCAGCUCAUCAUGCGUCUAAGACACGUUCAAAACCUAUAAUCCCAGUAUUCAAUUUCGUUCCAAAUAAUAGUGCACCACUAUUGACAUACGGCCAGGGUUUAAAGUAUAUUAUGGAUAAUAUGUCGAAAAAUCAAUUAUAUUCCGAUAAACAGUUGUGGAAACCAAAUGUGGUUGUAGCAAGAUCAAAAGUAUCAUUUUCUAUACUUUUUUUUAUAUACCAUUAUUUACCAGCAUAUUUCAUUGAUUGUUGUUUAUGGAUUACGGGGAAUAAAAUGAGAGCAACAAAAAUAUACAAAAAAGUAAAAGUUAUGAUGAAUGAAAUGAUUUAUUUUUCUACCACUGACUUUAAUUUUGAUGACAGACAUUUAAAAGCUCUCAUAUCAUCACAGAGUGAUCAAGAUAAACAAUUAUUUAACUUGGAUAUAACAAACAUGAGAUGGGAUAAAUAUUUUUUAAAUUCCUCAUAUGGAAUAAAAAAAUAUAUCUUAAAAGACUCUGAAGAUCCAACAGUUGGCCAGAAACGAUACCAAAAAAUUAUGGUGGCUUAUUACAUGUUAUCUGCAAUUAUUUAUGGUUGUCUUUUGUAUUUAUCUUAUUUAUUAUUGAAAAUGGUAUUUCCUAUAAAUUAAUGUGUGUUUAAAACAUUAUAAAUAGAUAUUAAACAUUUAAUAUUAUAGAUUAACAUAUUAAAAUAAAUUUAAAAAAAGUACCUAUAAUAAUUAAUUUAAUAUUAGUAGUUUAUCAAAUUUUUAUUUUUGUUAUAUUUUUAGGUUUGUGUGCUCUUUUUUUUAUUAGAAACGCAUUUAUAAAUUAAAUAACAUUUCAUUCAGUUAUUAACUUCCUUAUAAUAAUUUUAUUAUACAAAUUAUAAUUUAUAAAAUUCAUACACCAUAAAAUAUCACCCUAUCCCUAUCAAUAUUUAUUUAUAUUCUAUAUGUAUAUCCUUUACUGAACCAAAUAUCAGUCAUUUUUUUAUAAAAAGUAGUCUUUGUAGCCCUUGUACACAUAUUUAUUUAUUUUGGGGAAAAAUAUAUUUGUUUUGUUAUUGAAUAAUUCAUUACGUACCUACCUAUUUACCUAUUUAACCAUUUAAACACGAAACUCUAAAAAGUUAUUUAACAUUAUCGUGUAAAUUAUAAUUAGUUACAAUAAUAUGUUAGGUGAAGUAUUGUGCAUAGUGCUUAUGAUUAUGAAAUUAAAAAAUUUACUAUCUAUCAAAAAUCUAAUCAAACGUUUGAUAGUGGAUUAACUGAAAAACUAAGGACAAUAUAUAAAAUAUGACACUAAAAUGAUAUUUUUCUUAAAUUUUCUAAAAAGUUAAUAAUAAUGAAUGUUAUUUAUUAUUGAUACAAUCACAUUGACUAUCAAACAAUAUUAUAUUCUGUGCGUAUUUUUAUCCAACAUUGAACAUUGGCAUGAAAAAAAAAAAAUUGUAAAAUUAGAUUGAAUAAAUUUAUCAUUUUUAUCUUUUA